CAGUCCCGCGGGUCCCCACAAUUCCUUCCGCUGUGGCGCUCUCCCCAAAUCCGCGCUGAGCGUAACCGGAGGUCUGGGACCUGCUGCUAGCAGGGGCGCGCCUCUGCUCUCACAAGCUUUUCCCGGUAAACGCAGUGCACGCGACCUUUCCGUAAGGCUUUGGCACCCGGCGCUCUCUCCGUGACGGAUGAAGGGGGCGGGCGUUCCCGCUCGGGAGGACCCAGCUGCGGCCCCGGAAGCGCCUCUUCCAGGGUGGGCGGUGGCGCUGCUAGAGGAGGUCGCCGUGAUGCCUGCGGAGCUGGGCGGCUGACGGCUGUGGCUGGAGUGGGCCCCGGGGCCGAAUCUCGGCGGCCGCUGCUUGAGCGCUGCCUGCACCAUGGCCACCUCCGCCGCCUCUUCCGAGCAUUUCGAGAAACUGCACGAGAUCUUCCGCGGUCUCCAUGAAGACCUACGAGGGGUGCCAGAGCGGCUCCUGGGGACUGGAGGGACAGAAGAGAAGAAGAAAUUGAUCAGAGAUUUCGAUGAAAAGCAACAGGAAGCCAAUGAGACGCUGGCAGAGAUGGAAGAGGAACUGCGAUAUGCACCCCUAUCUUUCCGUAACCCUAUGAUGUCUAAGCUUCGAAACUACCGGAAGGACCUUGCCAAACUCCACCGGGAAGUGAGAAGCACCCCUCUGACAGCCACACCUGGGGGCCGGGGAGACAUGAAAUACGGCACCUACGCUGUAGAGAAUGAGCACGUGAAUCAGCUACAGUCUCAACGGGUGUUGCUUUUGCAAGGCACUGAGAGCCUGAACCGGGCCACCCAGAGUAUUGAGCGUUCUCAUCGGAUUGCCACAGAGACUGACCAGAUUGGCUCAGAAAUCAUAGAAGAGCUGGGGGAGCAACGUGAGCAGUUGGAACGUACCAAGAACAGACUGGUAAACACAAGUGAAAACCUGAGCAAAAGCCGAAAGAUUCUCCGGUCCAUGUCCAGAAAAGUGACAACCAACAAGCUGCUACUUUCCAUCGUCAUCUUACUGGAGCUAGCCAUCCUGGGAGGCUUGGUUUAUUACAAAUUCUUUCGGAAGCAUUGAACAGGAUUCCUGCAAGGAAGGGUUUGUGGACCAGAACUUUGAGCUUGUGAAUGGAGGGUGUUAAAGAUGUGGAGUAAGCAUAUUGCUGCUACGAGCUGACGGUUCAAGGACGCACUGUAUAGCCAGACUGUGGGAAGAGGGAGGGAAGACGGACAACCAGUUAAAUGUGAAGGAACUGCAGCGAGACCCGUGUGAUAUACCAAGGUAAUAAAUGCUGUUUAUGACUUCUUUAAAUGUACGUAAUCCUUCAACACGUUAAUACCUUGCAAACUGCAAAAAAUCAGAUACAUUUACAGUAUAAUUAUUGGUCACCAAAACGGAGGAGGAAACUUUGCAGUUGUGAGAAUACGCAAAUGUUCUCAUUAAGGCAGUAUUGACCCAGAUGACCAUGUAGUAGCUGUCCCCUCAAGCACCGCACAACUCUGGAAUGCCCGACGUGACAGACGUGUGUCAGCAUACAGUACGCUCUAAAUCCUCACACGUUCUUCACUUUCCGAUUCGUGUGGGGAACUGGGAGUAGGCAGUUGGUCGUAGACGUUGUGCCCGCCCUCCCUUGUCUGACCAAAACUCGAGGCAAUCACAUCCACCGCCAGGCCAGCCGUAGCCUUGGCUUCCUCCUCUGACGCAGCCAGCCGAGGAUUGACUUCCACAAGGUCCAGCGCCGACAGCAGCCCUGCAAGAACGAAGUGGGACGAAACCUCAGGAAAGUCCUAGCUGCCGCUCGCAGUGAGGGCAGAGUAAGCCAAGGUUAAAAAAAAAAGUCAUUUUCUACUAUAAAAUUAACCAUGGUCAGGAAGCCCCUUAUACCUCAUCCUCUUAGGCAUGAGUUUAUUAAAACAUUGCUAUAUUAGAGCAGGAUUAAAAGAAACCUCUAAGGUAAUAAAAUCAAUCAUCCUAGUUCAACUAACAUACAAGGCACAGCUGCCAGGCUUUCUGGAGAGAAGGAAGAAUGAGCCCAGGGGUUGGUGGGGAAAGGAGUUGCCAGCCUGCUUGUUGGGGAAAUACGUGCAUUUCCAGCAUUAAGGAACCUUCCAGAUGCCUGCCUGCAUGUAGCUGUUUGAAGGGAACUCCCACCUCUCACUUGCCAGAACUCUGUUCCCACUUUCGAACUCUGACGCCGUAUCUGCAUCUCCUAAAGCAGCACAUGCCCUGAAGUACAGUUACAACUGCACGUCUUACUGUCGCCCGCGCAGGUCCGAGCUCUGCGUGUGGUUCCACAGCUGACACUGUUUUUAGGUCUCCCGUCAGAAUGACCCAGUGUCUUGUACUUGGUCAAGGGAAGACCGGGCUAUACUUUAAUUUGGACUCCAGUUACCAUCUCUGGGCGUUUGAGAGCUUGUGCCAGAGGGUUUGAGAAGGGAAGAUGAGACCAAAAGAACCUUAUCCAGACCUGCCUUCUCUCUCUCCCAGCCCCUGCUCCCCACUUCUCUGGGGUAGUGAAUUUCCUAGUUGGUUAUCCUGAGUGAAGUUAAUCUACCUCUUCAAGAGUGACCUGAACAAACUAGUACGAGAAUACAAGGCUGUGCCUGAGAUCAUGUAGGGUGGCCUAAAGCCCGGGCACCUGGGUGAAGUGAAUAUACCCAGUGGUUCAGUGACACAGCAUGACAGUACAUGACACGCUCGCUGCCAUCACAUCUGUUCCAUGUGCUGUCUGUCCCUCGUUAGCAGGGCACAGUUCAGCGCACUGUGCAGAAUGUGAACAGGCACGUUACGGUAGCGUUCCCAACAGUUCCUACACACGCCCUCUGCGUCUCUGAUAAUGUGGGUGUCUGAACCCCAAUAACAAACGCUGGGCCUUGGGCAUAGCUUAGAAGUAAUCAAGAAGGUUCGAGCUAUUUAAAAUAUAUAUUACCCAUGUUUCCAGAUUGUUUAAACUAAUUGAUAGGGUGGCAGUAAACUGUUUUAUGUAUCUAGUUGACAGUGUCAUGAUAGACAGUCUUGUAGGACAGAGUAAUACCACAGCAGGAGAGAGGGGCACAAGGUGUGACCACUGCUCCAUCUAAGGCCAGAGGUGUCUAACCCCUGGUUCCAGUGGUGCCGCUGGGAACCAGAAUGGAGGAUUGAACUCCCAGGUUAAUGAGCCACUAACCCGAGGACAGUUAGCCAAAAUCUGAGAAUGUGAGUCUGAGAACGAGACUGCUUGGCCACUGUCAGAUCUGGUAGACCGGCAUCCCUUUCCUUUCUGUAGUGCCUAGGAGUCCAGUCAGUUCCAGAGCCAGAAAACCAUUCCUCAAUUUCCAUGUCUGUCCUAAAUAUUCGAGAGUUUCCUAUAGUCCUGGACCUCGCAGUCUGGGGUCUCUAUGCUAAAAGAUCCUAAUUUCAUGAGAUGGUAUUGAUGUCAUGUGGUAGUUUAAAUUUUAUAAUUAAAGAUCAUUUAAAGUAACCUUAAGACCAGAAGCUUUCUGAUAGAAAUGGAAACUGUUUGCAAGCAAGUAUGAGUUUUGGGACAGUAACCCCUUAGUAGCCACUCUUGAUAAAUAAAUCUGACAUUCAUUUUAUUAAUCUUUCUGUCAGCCUUUCAUUCACACCUCCUGUUAACAAGCUCCAGUGUAAGCUUACCCUACACGAAAGGACCCAAGGCACUGUAGCAUUGAAAUAGCUUCCAGAGAAGCUUUAAUUCCACCUUCCCAACUCCCAGUAAAUCAACCUCUUAAUUUAAGGUAAAAACUACAGCUGGCCUUGCCUUUUAAUCUUAGUCUGCCUUUAGUUCAGAUGCAAAGAACUACAUUAGUUUGGCAGGUUAUUCUUGUAUUUAAUAAGUGUUUGAGAAGACAUAAACAACCUUUUACUCAAUAUCCUAUUACCUUAUUUUGGUAUGAGAUCCAAACAUGUCUCUAGGUGACUGUCCCUUAGUAGUUUGACCACAUGACUUUUAGCUGUAACAAGUUUAAGCAAAACAAUGUCUACAGUGACGUGGUAGAAAAGAUGCCCCUGGCAGAUAGGGGGCUUCAGCGUAUUUACUUAUGUCGUAAACAGAUUGAUCACUACUUACCUGUAUUGUGUAUUUCCUCAGUAAUAUACAUGCCUUCUCGAUAGGUCAGUCCCCCUACAACAGGGGUUCCUGUGGCUGGAGCCAGUGUCGGGUCAAACGCAUCGAUGUCAAAACUCAGAUGGAUUGGCCUUUGUCGUCUUGCGAAGAGAAUAAGAGAAUAGUCAUUUGGUUGUGCCUGAACCUUCAUGCUUCCUACAGACGCAGCUCUUCGAUUUUGUUGCUGUUAGUUUCGGUACUUUGUUAGAACAGCGGAGCUCCAGGUUUCCCAUUUUAGAAGUUACUGAGUAUUUGCAUUUAGCUUUUACACGCCAUUUCAUAAUUUUGCCAUUUGUUCUAUGUGCCUUAGUCUAAUUCCAGUUUAUAUUUCCGACUUACCCUGAGCAUUAAAGCCUCUCACUUCCGUAUGA